GGUGGAUCAAGUCGUGGUGGAAUGCUUUGCGCGUGUUGAGCAAGGGAUUAGAGGGGGCGCGUGGCCACUGUAUGGAGGGGACGGCAGAAAGAGAUCGAAGUCCGGGACCGCAAGGGAGCAAUCCUAGGUGGAUGGGCGCAGCGGUGGAGGUACCAUGGAGGCAACCAUCUCAGAGGCAGCCCUCCACGCAGGCGUUGUACAGUCGCUAUGAAGCUGCUAACGAACCUCGUCCAGAGGAAGGUUUGCUUGGUGGGAGAGGGUACAACCGACACUUUAUUGAGCACCCAGGUGGAGUGCAUGGAAUCCUACUUUGGAGGGAGAGGGCCUGUGCUCGCGCCCGACACGUGGCAGUGAGUGUCGUCGGUGACGUGGCUGGUCGGACGGACGACGACGCGGUUACAGGGGAUGUGCCGGCUAAAUUGCUGAUUACUUUCAUUGGCGGCACGAUGGGUUUGGCGGGGCUACUACAACGUGACGACGAAGGGGAGCUGCAACGCGGGGCGGAUGAAUGGCUGAUUAUCAUGGAGAAUGGGUGCAGGCGGCUACAGGAGCUUGUGGGCGAAUUGUCCGUGCGGUCGAAUGAAGAGCCUGGGAUCGAUGGGGGGGCGAUCUCAUUGGCGGAUUGGUUGAACGAUACGACCGAAGAUAUCCUGGAUGUUAUGUGGGAGCUGGAGGAGGGGCCGGACCCCCGGCUCGAGGCAUACAUCGAUUGGUGGUGGGCAGAUGGCAUCAUGGCUACACGUAGGGUUCUCUUUGCUAAGGGUCGUGAUCUGCGCUUUUUGUUGGAGGAUCGGCUUGCAUCCGAGGCGAUAACAAUACCAACAAUCAUAUCUACAACGCCGCUCUCCACAUCAGAAGCAGCAACUACGGUGAUAUCAACAGCAACAACAAUAACAACAACGACAACAAUGAUGAUGCACGCUGUGACGAUGGUGAAAUCACCACCAAUGAAGACGCAGAAAUCACCACCAAUGAGGACGAAGACAUCAACCACCACGGCUGGCACAAGGACGACGGGUGCGUUACUAUUGAUGGUGGUACGUCCCUUCACACAGGCAUGGGCUGUGGGUUCGGCCCUUCGAUCUUUCCCUCCCUUUGAUCGGGGUCCGUUAAUGCUCCUCUGGUCCUUUGCCAUCUGGCGCACUGGGGUGGGAUAGAUAGUGAGUGAGAGUGUGAGGGGGGAUGGUCGGCUCUGAUUUCUCAAUACUGGUUUGCCAUCUGGCGCACUGGGGUGGGAUAGAUAGUGAGUGAGGGUUUGAGGGGGGAUUGCCGGCUCUGAUUUCUCAAUACCGGGAGGUGAGAUUGGCUUGAUAGAUUGGCGGUUGUGGUUGUUGGGGGAUAAACCUUCCUCUUUUUCAGACGGAGGGAUUAGUGCCUCCACCUCAGUAGGAGAUCGGUUGGAUAUAAUGACCAGGGCUUUUUGGCAGUAAAUAUUGACGACGAUU